GGGAAGUUGACCGAAGAAAGCUUCUGACGAGCCUGAAGAUUGAGAGUAAUGCCCAUGUGCAUUAAGAGUGAGUAGAUGAGCGGGAAUCUCUGGAUGACGGAACUCAUCUUUUCUGAAAUGUCCUCUUCUUUCAGCCCUUACAUCCUGUCAGUAGAUCCCUUGAAGUAGUCUUUGUGGGAUUCCAUGGGGUACCGCCAAGUUUUAUAAAGUCUCCGCCGAGUGUGAGAACCCCACGGAGAUUCUGGGCUUGUAGUUGGACGAUAUGAACGUGCAUCUGACUCAUGUGGUUUCGCGGCAACCGUUAACUCGUGUCUUCUCGUUCAUCGAUAUUUUCUAAUUUUUUAAUUAUCAGGGAAGAUAAGGCUCAUGAACUCAUAAGGAUCCCAAGGCCAAUGGAUCCUAAACACCAGCACCUGAUUCCAUACUCAGAAAUGUAUGUCUCUUAGAAGAUAGUACGAGUACAGAGCACCUGCUUCUAUUUCGUGCUGUGGAAGGGGAGUCUCCUAGUCAACUACGACAUCGGGAGUUUUGAUCACUUGAGAGAAUCAAUGCUCAAACAGUGAUGCUGUGGAGAUCGGCAUCUUUGUGGGGAAUAUCGUAACCUUAAGCAACCGCCGGGAUUGUCUGUUUAGGUGGACCUCAUCCCAAGGUCUCUCGUCUUGCCGUGAUACUUGCAAAUCGAGUUGAGUAGACAAGAGUUGAUGAUGAGCCUGACGGAAGAAAUUCUGGAGUCAGCCCGAUUUGGGAGUUAUUCACAUGUUUGCCAAUCACUCAAGAUACUGCGCGCAAAAUUAAGUGCAAUUUGCUGACAGAUAGUCAUGAUCUGUAGCCGAUAUUAUUGCCACUCCGCUGUGUUUUUCAGUUUCAGUUUUUAAGCUGUCUUUUGAGUACCAGUAGCGCACAGACAGCAACAUUUCAGAUGGAUAUUCCCACAUGCAAUCGUAUGCAGAAACCUUUCUGGCCAACGAGGUUCCUUGGCCUUGGCAAUUCACAUUAUCGUGACGACUUCCAGUUCUAUCGCACAUUAUAUUCAAUUUCUUGCAACACUGACAUUGUUCAAAGGCUGAGCUCAAAGAUCGUGUUGUCAAUCCGCGGUAAGAGGGUGGACAAUAAGAUGAGAAAUUGACCUGCAGAAUAUCGGUCCGAUAAAGCAAGAACAUGUGCACGAGGUGACUGAAAGCCUCCUGCCACUGCAGUUUCUUGUUCGCUCGAGCCUUUUGCCGCAGUAGUAAAGUUUGACUUGUUCUAGAGUAGUAGACUUGCAGUGACUUCCGCAGAAGUCUGGAAGAUUUUUCCUUAAUCGUCAAAGGGUGUCUAACUUUCCAAACUAGAAGAUUUCAAAAAUUUUCACUUUGUAUUCUCUAGACAAAACUUUCUGAAUGGGGCUUCCCCA